UAUCUGGUGCUGUUUAUACAUUUAACCGUUAACUUCAGGACUUCCCCUGAGGAGACAACAAGAAGGAAAGUUGGAUGAAUUCAAGAUUCUGCAUCAGUAAACAUCAGGUUUACUUGUGAUAUUUCUGUGAUAUGGUGAUAUUUAAGUAAUAUAGGAUAAACAUCACUAUGAAUCAGUGGCUAGUCAUUACAGUGUCUGUGACGUUGCUGUGGCAUCUACAAGCAACAUUAUCUCAAACACAUGAUGUGGUCUGCCUUGGUACCCAGAAUGGACUGAGCUCCACAGGCUCUCAAGAAAAUCAAUACAACCUGAUCAAGGAGCGCUAUGACAGCUGUGAAAUCAUCAUGGGUAACCUGGAGGUCACACAGAUUGAGAGCAACUGGGACUUCUCUUUUCUGAAGACAAUCCGUGAGGUGACUGGCUACGUGCUCAUCGCCAUGAGUCACUUUCAGGAAAUUCCCCUAGAGCAAUUGCGGGUCAUCAGAGGAAGCAGCCUUUACGAAAGGCGUUUUGCCCUGUCUGUUUUUUUCAACUACCCCAAGGAUGGAUCCCACGGCCUGCGGCAACUUGGCCUUGCAAAUCUGACAGAGAUUUUGGAGGGAGGCGUACAGAUGAUCAAUAAUAAAUACUUGAGUUAUGGUCCGUGGAUCUACUGGCAAGAUAUAAUCAGAGACAGCAAUGCUCCUAUUGACAUCCGCUACAAUGGGGAGAAAGGGCCGUGCCACAAAUCUUGUGGGGAUUAUUGCUGGGGGCCAAAUGAGAAGCAGUGUCAGAUCUUGACCAAGACGGUGUGCGCUCCGCAGUGUAAUGGUCGAUGUUUUGGGACAAGCCCCAGGGACUGCUGUCACAUUGAGUGUGCAGCAGGAUGCAUAGGCCCUCUGGACGUGGACUGUUUUGCAUGUCGCCAUUUCAACGACUCUGGAGCCUGCGUGCCUCAGUGUCCGCAAGCUCUCAUCUAUAACAAGCAGACGUUUCAGAUGGAGACCAACCCAAAUGCCAAAUAUCAAUAUGGAUCCAUUUGUGUCUCUCAGUGCCCCACUCAUUUUGUGGUGGAUGGUAGCUCCUGCGUGAGUGUCUGUCCUUCACACAAAAUGGAGGUGGAGCGAGCCGGGCACAGACGUUGUGAGCCAUGUACUGGACUCUGCCCUAAAGUGUGUGAAGGCACAGGUGCAGAACACAGGCAGACUGUGGACUCCAGUAACAUUGACAGCUUCAUCAACUGCACCAAAAUCCAAGGAAGCCUUCAUUUCUUGGUCACAGGGAUUCUCGGGGAUGACUUUAAGAAGAUCCCACCUCUGGAUGCUCAAAAGCUGGACGUGUUCCGCACUGUAAGGGAGAUAACAGAUAUUCUAAAUAUCCAGUCGUGGCCAAAGGAGCUCAAUGAUUUGUCUGUUUUUUCGAGUCUCACCACCAUUCAAGGGAGGUCACUUUACAAGCGUUUUUCCCUGAUGGUGAUGCGGAUCUCCACCAUCACUUCGCUGGGUCUACGCUCUCUCAGAGAGAUCAGCGACGGGAGCGUUUACAUCAGUCAGAACGCCGAGCUGUGCUACCACCACACUGUGAACUGGGCAAAGCUGUUCAGGGGGCGUCGGGUCCGAGUCAACAGCAUCAACAGCAACAGGCCACUGGCAGAAUGCGUUGCUGAUGGCCAUGUGUGUGACCCGCUGUGUUCAAACUCCGGCUGCUGGGGCCCAGGACCAGACCAUUGUCUCUCCUGUAGGAAUUACAGCCGAAAUAGCACGUGCGUGGACAGCUGUCAUUUUUAUACUGGAUCUUCAAGAGAAUUUGCGAGCGCUGACGGAGAAUGCGUUGCGUGUCAUUCAGAGUGUAAACAUCUGCAUGGGAAGGCCAGCUGCACAGGGCCGGGUGCAUAUGAAUGUGCGGUGUGCGCCAACCUGCGAGACGGUCCAUACUGCAUGUCUUCGUGCCCUGCUGGGGUGAACGAUGGGCAGAAGGGGCUCAUCUUCAAAUAUCCCAACAAGGAAGGUCACUGUGAACCAUGUCACCACAAUUGCACCCAAGGAUGCUCAGGUCCAGGACUCAGUGAUUGCUUAGAAACUGUCAGACUAGCAGCUAGCAGUGGCCAGAUCACAGGCAUUGCCUUAGGUGUGCCAGCUGGCCUGAUAUUCUGCCUAGUGUUGUUUUUCCUGGGCCUACUGUACCACCGAGGCCUGGCCAUCCGCCGCAAGAGAGCCAUGAGGAGGUAUCUAGAGAGCGGAGAGAGUUUUGAGCCACUGGGUCCUGGGGAGAAAGGAACCAAGGUUUAUGCCCACAUCCUGAAGCCAUCUGAACUAAAAAAGCUCAAAGUCCUUGGUUCUGGUGUUUUUGGCACAGUCCACAGGGGGUUUUGGACUCCAGAAGGAGAGACAGUGAAGAUCCCGGUGGCCAUCAAGACCAUCCAGGACAGCUCAGGCCGUCAGACCUUCACUGAGAUAACUGAUCACAUGCUGUCCAUGGGCAGCCUGGACCAUCCCUACAUUGUGAGACUUUUGGGCAUCUGUCUGGGGUCCAGUCUGCAGCUGGUCACUCAGCUCAGUUCACUGGGCUCCUUACUGGAGCACAUCAGGCAGCACAAGAACAGCCUGGGCCCCCAGCGCCUGCUCAACUGGUGUGUGCAAAUAGCAAAGGGUAUGUACUACCUGGAGGAACACUGUGUGGUACACAGGAACCUGGCGGCACGCAACAUCCUACUAAAGAACAACUACCAGGUCCAGAUCUCGGACUACGCUGUAGCAGAUCUCCUUUAUCCUGACGAAAAGAAAUAUGUCUACACUAACACCAAGACUCCGAUCAAAUGGAUGGCUCUUGAAAGCAUCUUGUUUCGAAGAUACACUCAUCAAAGUGAUGUGUGGAGUUAUGGAGUGACAGUGUGGGAGAUGAUGUCUUUUGGGGCAGAGCCUUAUGGGUCGGCACAGGCGCAGGAAGUGCCGUGUCUGUUGGAGAAAGGCGAACGUCUGUCACAACCUCACAUCUGCACCAUAGACGUCUACAUGGUCAUGGUCAAAUGUUGGAUGAUUGAUGAAAAUAUUAGGCCCACCUUCAAAGAGUUGGCAAGUGACUUUACACGCAUGGCAAGAGACCCACCCAGAUACCUCGUCAUCAAGCUGGAGGGGGAGGACGACGCCUCGCGGGAUGUCCAUCGCAGAGAUUCCGAGCGAGGGCUACUUGACCCAGACUUGGUGGAUGAAGAUGAGGACGCGAUGGAGGAAGGUUUCUCCACACCUCCUCUACAACAUUCUCCAUCGUGGAGUCUCUCUCGUUCGAGGAUUAAUUCGUACAGGAGUGGUGCCUCUCAGGCCGGACCUGCUGGAUACCUGCCAAUGACUCCAAGUCCUGUAGAAGGUGUCCUCCAGUUGCGCUUCCAGAGGUCCCGCCGGAGCUCGGUGCGAACGCUGCCAGAGAGGUCAGAGGUCAGGGGCAGUGUCAGGGAGGUAGAGCUGCGUGAGGAAGGCUUCAGGACUGGUGCUUCUCACAGGACCCUGCUCGGCUCUGAAAGGGCUGCCCCUCAUGUAUCCACCAGCAGGUUACGGAAACUCUCAACAGCUUCAAGUCCAUCCACAUACAAGGUGUGGACAUCGGGCGAAAAGGAAGAGGAGAAGGUGGUAGACCACUAUGGUUAUGUCCUUCCCGGAUCACCUAGCACUCCAGAAAGAGCUUGCAACGUCACCCCAGGAUCAACCAGGGGGAAAAAUUUCGUCCUGGAGUAUGAGGUGAUGAACCACAAAUCAGAUACUGUUCUUUGCUCGACUAAAGACGACAACUCCUUGCUGGGCGAUACAUCUUCACUGGUUCAUCAAACACCGCCUUCUCCAACUGUCGUCACUAUAUUACCUGCCCACGAGGACACCUUAACACUGGUUCCGGUCGCAGAGAAUCCGCCGGUAAAUGAGAACUGUGGGGACAAUAUGGUAGACUUCACAGAGAAAUAUCAGUUUAGUUUCGAGAAACAGAUCCAAGCUGUGGAGGACUGCAUGCAGGUACCUCAGGGGAAAGGCAGGUAUGAAUACAUGGACAUUAGACGCUCUGACUCCACAGAGGACGAGGCGCUGCCACAGGAGAGACGUGAAACAUCUGCAGCAGAACCAGAUGAAACAUGCCAGGAAGAGGAGGGUCAAUUAGGCGAUGCAAAGGAGUGCCAUCACACAAAUAAACAACAAACACUUCAGGGGAAUGUCAGUAGUUUGCACAAGCCAGAUGUGGUUACAGAUGAGGGACAAAACGAGUAUGAGGAUAUGGCUACAUUUGAAGGAAUACCCAGUGGGUGGCGGCAGGCAGACUACCAGAACCUCCCAGUGAAGGGGGAGGUGGGCAGCGGCAGGUGUGCAGGGAUCGGGGAAUACAUCAAGGUGUGCGCAGGCAUGGGGGAGCCUGGCAGCAGCUCAUCAUUUGACAACCCGGACUACUGGCACAGCAGACUGUUCCUCAAGCCAGAUGCUGUACGUAUCUAAUAAUGUGGACUGGGACACUAGUGCACCAACUGCUUCAGCUAAGUGUGUUGCUCUCCAGUGCGUGCGUCGGAAUAUUUUCCACAAUAAUCUUAGAGCGUCAAGAACUGGAAUAAAAGUCAAGUCUCAUUUUGCUGUGUUAUGGUGCAUAAAAAAUGAUGACAUCAGGAAGGCUGGAAAGAAAGUGCCGAGUAAUAAUUUUCCAAACAUGAGGAAACAUCAUUUCUGUUUAUCGGCAUUUUUGUGCCUUAUAGUAUGAAUGAUUAGCUAGAUGGACAGUUGCUAUUAUUUUGUAAGUAAUCAUUUGUUUCAUUGAUCACUGUACAGUGUGUGAGCCUUUUUUUACACUCUUUUUACCACGUGUUUGUUAAUUAAAACCUAAGUAUUGGCUUCCAGAAAAUUACCAGUCCUUUGAUUUCUUUGAAAAUCCUAGUUUAAUAUAAAUUCUUAUAUAAAUGAGCCAUUGUUAGCCGUGCAGGGAUUAGGACGGAGCUAAUAACCCCAACAAGAUACUUACUUACUUUGCCUAACUGGCAUUCAAAUGUGUAAUUAUCAUUACAUGUGAGCAAAGUGCUUCACAUAAACUUAUGCUAAAACUUACAUUUCAAAUAGAAUGUAAUCAUAUAAAAUGUUAUCUUCAGACACAGCUUUGUACCAGCUCGAGCUUCUGAAUCCCAGACGUCAAAAUCAACUGCUUCAAUUUUACACUUGAUAGAUUUUUGAACAUUAACAGUAUAUCAUAUGUACAGUAUUACAUCUAAAUUAGGAGUUAUCAAUAGCAUAGUAUAUAGCAUGUUUUUAAAUCAAAAGAAGAAACACUGCACGCUAACGCAUUGUUAAUAAAUGUUUAUGAAUGGUGCUCAGGUAGACCAUUAUGAACACAGUUGAAGCUCUUAUUUGUUUGUACUGAAUUUUAGA